GUUGUAGUAUUGAAAGCAACCCUAACAUUCAGUAGCUGUUCAGCUUACUCAUGAUCAUGAUGCAUUUGGAAGAAGAUCUAUUUGUGCUUGAUGAAGCGGAUGAUACCAUCUGUGAAGAAAUACCUUCACGAUCCCCAGAAAUCAUGUCAGUAGGAUCUCAUUCAUUCUCCCCAGGAGGCCCUAAUGGGAUCAUUAGAAGUCAAUCCUUUGCUGGUUUCAGUGGUCUUCAAGAAAGACGAUCCAGAUGUAAUUCCUUCAUUGAGAAUUCCCCUAUACUCAAAAAACCCCAAGCCAAAGUGAAGAAAGCACACCAUUUGGGGCACAAAAGUAACAGCUCAGCUAAGGAGCCGCAACCUGAAAGAGUGGAGGAAGUUUACAAGGCCUUGAAGAAUGGAUUGGAUGAAUAUUUGGAAGUGCAUCAAACAGAACUGGAUAAAUUAAGUACUCAAUUGAAGGACAUGAAAAGAAAUUCACGACUGGGAGUGCUGUAUGAACUUGACAAACAAAUGAAAGCAAUUGAAAGAUAUAUGAGAAAGCUUGAGUUUCAUAUCAGUAAGGUAGAUGAACUCUUUGAAGCCUACUGUAUCCAAAGGCGGCUUCGUGAUGGUGCCAGCAAAAUGAAGCAAGCAUAUGGGUUGUCUCCUGCUAGCAAGGCAGCUCGAGAGAGUUUAUCAGAAAUCAACAAAACCUAUAAAGAAUAUACUGAGAACAUGUGCACCAUUGAAGGAGAGCUGGAAAAUUUAAUGGGGGAGUUCUGCAUCAAGAUGAAAGGUCUGGCUGGCUUUGCUCGACUUUGCCCUGGAGAUCAGUAUGAGAUUUUCAUGAGGUAUGGCCGUCAAAGAUGGAAACUAAAAGGCAAAAUAGAAGUCAAUGAUAAGCAAAGUUGGGAUGGAGAAGAAAUGAUCUUCCUCCCCCUUAUUACUGGGCUAAUCUCCAUUAAGGUCACAGAAGUUAAAGGUCUUGCCACUCAUAUUUUGGUUGGAAGUGUUACUUGUGAAACGAAAGACUUGUUUGCUGCUCAGCCUCAGGUUGUCGCUGUGGAUAUCAAUGACCUUGGCACAAUAAAGCUGAAUCUGGAAAUCACUUGGCAUCCAUUUGAUGUGGAGGACAUUACCCCAUCAACGGGCAACACGAACAAAGCAUCAGCUAUUCAGAGAAGGAUGUCCAUUUACAGUCAAGGCACCCCAGAAACACCCAUUUUCAAGGAUCAGUCAUUCUUUUCAAAUUUACCAGAUGAUGUUUUUGAAAAUGGAACAGCGGAAAAUGAGAAAAGUUCAUUAUCUUUCAGUUUCAUUGACAUUACCAGUGAACAUUGUACUACAUCAUAUAGUUCAACGGACUCGUCCUUUACGAUAAAUAAUUCCAAUCCUGAAAUUGCCAUAAUCCCAGAUCCCAGUGGGAAAAGGUUAUCCAAACCUGACCCUGUAUACAAUAUUCAUUCAAGAUGUGAGGACUCCACAUCUGAAUCCAACGACUUAACAUCACAAGAGCACGGUGAAAAUAUGAUUACAAAUCUAGAUUCUGAACUUUGCCAAACUUCUCCUCAUUUGAGAGGCAACAGUGUGAUUUUAGCAAGUAGUGCCUCAGAGUCACUUCUUCCGGAUACAGAUGAGUUAUCAGAUGUCAAACCUGUAGAGCUGGAUACCUUUGAAGGCAAUAUCACAAAGCAGCUGGUUAAAAGACUGACAUCUGGAGAGGGCCCAAUGACACCUGAAAAAUGUCAUUGUGAGGGGUCAAUUAGUGGAGAAUCUGAAGGCUAUAAAUCAUGUGUUGAUGGAAGUCUAGAAGAAGCAUUUCAGGGGCUUCUGUUAGCUCUUGAACCUCAUAAAGAACAGUUUAAAGAAUUCCAGGAAUUGGACCAAGGAAUUAUACAUCUAGAUGAGAUCCUAAAAUGCAGACCAAUAGUAAGUCACAGCAGGUCAUCCAGCUUAAGCCUAACAGUUGAGAGUGCACUGGAAAGUUUUGAUUUCCUCAACACUUCUGACUUUGAGGAUGAAGGCGGUACUGAUGAGCUUUGCGAUGGUGCUCGUGGUGCAGACUCUGUGUUCUCAGACACAGAAAUCGAGAAAAACAGUUACAGGUCAGAACACCCAGAAGGCAGAGGGCAUCUCAGCGAAGCAUUGACGGAAGACACGGGCGUUGGAACCAGUGUGGCUGGAAGUCCUCUGCCGUUGACCACCGGAAGUGAAAGCCUUGAUAUCACCAUAGUCAAGCACUUGCAGUACUGUACACAGCUUAUCCAGCAAAUUGUAUUCUCUAGCAGAACUCCCUUUGUCACAAGGUCUCUUCUGGAUAAACUAUCCCAACAAAUUUUAGUGAUUGAGAAUCUUGCAGAGAUCAGCAGUGAGACCCUGGGAAGCUUCAGACCUAUAAGUGAAGCAAUUCCAGAAUUUCAGAAAAAGAUAUCGCUUCUUUCUUUCUGGAAUAAGUGUACCAAUUCUUCUGGGUUGUAUCACACCUCUGCAGACAAAAUGGUCAAACAACUGGAUAUCACUUUUUCUACAGUGGUGAAUGGCGAAUGUCCAGGGCUUUCAGAAACAGUGUUCAGAACUUUGAUUUCUCAUAUCUUGGACCGUACAGAACCUCUCCUCUCCUCCAGUCUGUCCUUGGAAAUCAUAACAGUUUUUCAGUAUUACAACUAUUUUGCUCAUAAAAAUGUUAGUGAUCUGGCUAACUAUUUGCUUCAGCUUGCAAGAGAAGCUUUAAUGGUACAAACUCUGCAGUCUUUAAGAGAUGACAAGUUCUUGCAGAAUAAGGCCAAUUUAACCUCCAUAAGUCUCUCACCUCAACAAGAAGUGCUGAAAUCUUUGGCUGUCCUUCUGACUGAAAAUAAAAGGGAAACCUAUGAAGCUGUGGCAACAAUAUUGUCAGCUGCUGCAGCAGAAAACAAACACUUCAGAGAAAAGGCUUUAAUUUAUUACUGCGAGAGCCUUGCCCAACCCAGUCUCCAUCUGCAGAAGGCUGCUUGCCUGGCCUUGAAAUGCCUUCAGGCAACUGAAAGUAUUAAAAUGCUGGUCACUCUUUGCCAGUCUGGCAAUGAAGAAGUUAGGAAUACAGCUUCUGAAACCUUGCUCUCUCUUGGAGAAGAUGGACGGCUGGCAUACGAACAGCUAGACAAAUUCCCCCGUGAAUUUGUUAAAGUUGGUGGUCGACGCACAACUGAAGUGGCUACAGCUUUUUAAAUGUUCCAUUUGUACUUUAAAAUAUGCCAAUUUCAUCUGAACCAAGAUGGUCCUGUAAAAAAACUGGAAGUUCAAUACUCAUUAUUUUGAAAAUUGUUUUGUAACUUAGGAACUUACCAGCGUUAAAAAAAGAGAGAGGAUUUAAUAUAUGGGCUGCUGUUGGCUCUUCUAUGUAGUGUAUAGUGAAAUAUUGAUUUGUUGAAGAAUAUGAUAAUCUUGUUUUUUUGUGAAAUCCAUGUAAUUGAUGUAAAGCUUUGGAAAAAUGAGAGAUGUUUUGAAAUUGUAAGAUAUGUUAAAUAGAGCAGUGUGUGUUUGGUGGGCAUAAUUGUGCCAGUUUGCAAUAUGUGAUACUGUGUUGAAAACAUUGAAAAGCAAACAUUUAUAUAAGAGCCACAGUGGCGCAGUGCUUAGAAUGCAGUACUUCAGGCUAUUUCUGCGGACUGCUAGCUACCUGCAAUUUGGCAAUUCGAAUCUGCCAGGCUCA